AUGUCGGCUCUUCCCAUCUUGCACCGUUUGGGUGCAUUAGCACGAACCAACUCUGUCAAGUCUCUCAUUGGAUCUGUGUAUUUAACAGAGACAGCGCAGGCAGAACAGCAGCAAACUUCGCCUUUCCAGGAACUGGCCCGUUCCUGGCCAUGGCUCCCCAAUCGGACAGAACUGAAGGGUCCGCGUCACCCAGUCGUGCUUUGUCAUGGGCUUGGGUUUUUCGACAAGACUCCGGAGGCACUGCCACGGUUUCAGUUGCACUACUGGGGCGGCAUCGUCGAUGCUCUACGUGCUCUUGGGACAGAGGUCAUCAUUGCUCGCGUGCCAUCUACAGGUACCAUUGCAGAACGGUCACGGGCAUUGCAUCGUCAGCUAGAGGACGUUCUAGAGCCUGGGCAGCAGGUUAAUCUCUUGGCUCACAGCAUGGGAGGACUAGACUGUCGGCAUUUGAUCACACAUAUCAAGCCAACGACCUACAAACCUGUCUCUCUCAUCACGCUCUCCUGUCCGCAUCGUGGCUCACCCUUCAUGGACUGGUGUCGGGACUACCUCAUAGACAAGGCUGUGCCGUUGUCGUCCGCCAUUCUGACAAAGACCAUGCUUGCUAGAAUGAUAGAUUGUCCGGCUUAUGCGAAUCUCACCACAGCAUACUGUCAAAAGGUCUUCAAUCCCUUGACCCCAGACAGCGACGAAGUAGCUUACUACUCAUUUGCAGCGUCUGCGCCGUCUGCUUUUCCAAUAUGGCAUCCGCUGUAUCUACCGCACCUGGUAGUCAGCGAAGCAGAAGGAAAGAGUAAUGACGGUCUUGUUAGCGUCGACAGCUCCAGAUGGGGAAAGUUUGUCGAUACGGUCGAUUGUGAUCAUUGGGAUCUGCGUGGACGCGGUCUUCCGGGCAGCAAGUUUCAAGUAGUCGACUUCUAUCGCGCUGUAGCAGCAUUUCUAUACAGUGAAGGAUUCUAG